AUGGAUGCCUUCAUCCAGUCAUCCAAAAAUGCUCCCUGCGCAUCCGUUUUUACCUCAAAUUGCAGCACAGGUACCAUCGAGGGUGUAGCUGCUGAAAGAGAUGUGAAACUGGCUUCAAUGAACCCAAAGAAGAGAGCCGGAAGGAAGAAGUUUAGGGAGACUCGACAUCCGGUGUACAGGGGAGUGAGGAUGAGGGACAACGGUAAGUGGGUUUGUGAGGUGAGAGAGCCGAAGAAGAAGUUUAGGGUUUGGUUAGGGACACAUCCCACUGCUGUAAUGGCAGCAAGAGCACAUGAUGUGGCGGCUUUUGCUUUCAGGGGGCGAUUGGCUUGUUUGAAUUUUGCUGAUUCAGUCUGGCGACUUCCGAUCCCCAAGUCCAACAAUAUACAUGAUAUACAAAAGGCUGCAUCAGAAGCUGCGGAGGCUUUCAGAUACACGAAGGAAGUUGUCGAGAUUGUUGAAACAAUUGAGUUGCCGGAAAUUCAGCUUUACGUGGAUGAAGAAGAUAUUUUCGAGAUGCCAGGAUUGUUUGCCAGCAUGGCGGAGGGACUGAUGGUAGCGCCUCCGGAGAGGCAGGUCGGGUAUGGCAGCUAUGGGGAUCAUACCAUGGAACUUUAUGAUGAUGAGUCUUUAUGGAACUACUAG